CUAAAACCCUACCAAAACCCCCCACGCCUCACCGCCAUUUCGCCACUCGCUCGGAGCUCGCUGCCAUCUUCCCUUCCCUUCCCUCGCCCCCUUUCGGCGUUUCCCCACCAUGCACAGGCUCUCCUCGAGGCGCUCCGUCUCGGCCCUCCUCCGCCUCCGCGGCGCCAGCCCCCGCGCCGCCGCCGCCGCCCCCGCCGCCAACACGACGACGGAGAAUGAUGUCAGAGCCGGCCAGUGUCCUGCGGUGCCCAGAGGGUGGUGCAACGUUGCUGGACCUUCGCACUCCUUGAACUUGAAGGGUUCUUUGGUCUCUGGCCGGAGGUAUGAAUCAACCGCGGCGGCGGCGGACGGCGCGUCUCCUCCGCCAUCGGCCGAGAAAUACGAGUAUCAAGCGGAGGUCAGCCGACUAAUGGACCUCAUUGUGAACAGCUUAUACAGCAACAAGGAGGUGUUUCUUCGGGAGCUCAUUAGCAAUGCAAGUGAUGCCCUGGACAAGUUGAGAUUCCUCAGUGUUACUGAGCCACAACUUAUGAAGGAUGGGGCAGUGGAUCUUGAUAUCCGUAUUCAGACUGAUAAAGAUAAUGGAAUCAUAUCAAUCACUGAUACAGGUAUUGGGAUGACAAGACAAGAGCUAGUUGACUGUCUUGGAACAAUUGCUCAAAGUGGAACAGCAAAAUUCUUGAAGGCAGUAAAGGAGAGUAAAGACUCUGGUUCUGACAGCAAUUUAAUCGGCCAAUUUGGUGUGGGAUUUUAUUCUGCUUUUCUGGUUGCCGAAAGGGUGGUUGUCUCAACAAAGAGUCCAAAAUCUGAUAAGCAAUAUGUGUGGGAAGGAGAGUCUAACUCCAGUUCCUAUUCUGUUCGGGAGGAAACUGAUCCGGACAAGCUUAUUCCGCGGGGAACUCGCUUGACCUUGUAUCUGAAGAAUGAUGAUAAAGGUUUUGCACAUCCGGAGCGCAUAGAGAAGCUAGUGAAGAACUACUCGCAGUUUGUUUCUUUCCCAAUCUAUACUUGGCAGGAAAAGGGAUAUACUAAAGAGGUGGAGGUUGAUGAGGAUCCUGCCGAAGCCAAGCAGGAGGGUGAUGACAAAGCUGAGAGGAAGAAGAAGACAAAGAAAGUUGUUGAAAAAUACUGGGAUUGGGAGCUGACCAAUGAGACCCAACCUAUAUGGCUUCGGAACCCUAAAGAAGUUUCCACGGAGGAGUACAAUGAGUUCUACAAGAAAACAUUUAAUGAGUACUUGGAUCCAUUAGCAUCUUCGCAUUUUACAACUGAGGGAGAAGUUGAGUUUAGGUCUAUCCUUUAUGUGCCGGCUGUCUCAUCUAUGGGAAAGGAAGAUAUAGCUAAUCCAAAGACCAAAAAUAUAAGGCUCUAUGUUAAAAGAGUCUUCAUAUCAGAUGACUUCGAUGGGGAACUGUUUCCUCGUUAUCUAAGCUUUGUCAAAGGUGUUGUGGAUUCCAAUGAUCUUCCUCUUAAUGUCUCAAGAGAGAUUCUUCAAGAAAGUCGCAUUGUCCGAAUAAUGAGGAAGCGUUUGGUAAGGAAGGCAUUUGACAUGAUUCUGGGCAUAUCACUGAGUGAAAACCGAGAGGAUUAUGAGAAGUUUUGGGAGAACUAUGGUAAAUACUUGAAACUUGGAUGCAUUGAAGAUCGUGAAAACCACAAAAGGAUUGGACCAUUGUUAAGGUUUUUCUCCUCGCAAAGCGAGAAUGAGAUGAUCAGCUUGGAUGAGUAUGUGGAGAACAUGAAACCUGAGCAGAAGGAUAUUUAUUUCGUCGCAGCGGACAGUGUGACUAGUGCUAAGAAUGCACCUUUCCUGGAGAAACUUCUCGAGAAGGAUCUUGAAGUUUUAUUCUUAGUUGAUCCCAUCGAUGAAGUUGCUAUCCAGAAUUUGAAAUCCUACAAGGAGAAGGAUUUUGUUGAUAUCAGCAAGGAGGACUUGGAUUUAGGUGACAAAGACGAGGAAAAGGAGAAGGUGACAAAGCAGGAGUUUGGGCAAACCUGUGAUUGGAUUAAAAAGCAACUGGGUGACAAGGUGGCUAGUGUUCAAAUCUCAAACCGACUCAGCUCAUCGCCUUGUGUACUUGUAUCUGGAAAGUUUGGCUGGUCUGCUAAUAUGGAGAGGUUAAUGAAGGCGCAGACUGUUGGGGAUACCUCCAGCCUGGAGUUCAUGAGAAGCAGAAGAGUGUUUGAGAUUAAUCCAGAUCACCCGAUUAUUAAGAACCUGAAUGCUGCCUGCAAGAAUAGCCCUGAUGACGAAGAUGCAUUGCAUGCAAUUGAUCUUUUGUUUGAUGCAGCAUUAGUCUCCAGUGGUUUUACUCCUGACAAUCCGGCGCAACUCGGGUGGAAGAUAUACGAGAUGAUGGGCAUGGCUCUUUCUGGCAAGUGGCUACCCGCGGCAGAGGUUCAGUCCGCAUCAGUCAGAUCUCAAACUCCGGGGACGCUAGAGGCUGAGAUAGUCGAACCGGUAGAAGCAGGCAGUCAGAAAUGAGAAUAGAUUUCUUCUUUUACGUGCCAUCUCCAUAGAAUGUAUCAGCAGGUGCAUGAAGCGAAACGGGCUCUUACUAGCGAGGAUGAUGAGUGUGGGUCAGUUUCUUGUGUUGGUAUUUUGAUUGAUGGAAAAGGAUGAAGAGCUGUUCUCUCGUGUAGUAAUUAAGAUCUGCUAGUGCUCUAGUGCUCUAA